UAAUAUGCUGCCUGUGAUGUGUUCCCUCAGAGCUUGCCCAGUUGUUAAGACUUGUGUUUAGGGCUGCAGCUAUCGAUUAUUUUAGUAGUCGAUUAAUCGAUGACAUAGUUAAUUCGAAUAAUCGAGUAAUCGGAUAAGGAACAUAAACAAUUAAAAUACCUGAGCUGAGCCUCAAACAGUAUAAAAAAAUAAAUAAAAAAUGAAUUUAUUUAUUUAUUUAUUUAUUUAUUUGUAUUUUUUUAAAGAAUGCUCUUAACUUAUUCACUCUCGGCCAUUUUCACCAGAGCAAGGCCCUUCGCUCCCGGCCGUUUUACUGGAUUUUGACUGAUUUUGCAAGGCCCACAGAAAAUGUUAUUCUAUUGCUAUAUAAACACGGAACCCACCAAAAGAAAGAUUAGACUCUCUUCUUUCAGCAGAAAAAUGUAAGUUCAUAUCUUUUCCAUUCUUUAGAAGUCAGCAUUAGAAAAUAGCUGAGUUUGAGCAAAUUUCCAAUUUCUGAUGAAAAAACUGAGAAAUUGAGCUUUUUGUGAAAGCAUACAUUUCAAACAUAACUUUGACUUUAACACAGCUAUUUUUUUUGCUUUAGUUACAUCCCAAACAUCUGACUGUUUUCCUUUUACAAAAUAACAGAAACAACAAGACAAAUAGAGCUUUUAUUUACACGUAACUAACUGAAAGAUGACGCUAUUGUGGCCGUGACAGCCGGUUAAACUAUUCCCUCAUCGUUGCCUGUCUCAAAAAGAUGAUUUUUUUUUUUUGGAGUCUCAGUGGGCUCUGCUCGCGAGCAGCACGGACUCAACGGCAUCUAAUGGUCCCGGUCGUUCUGCUCAGCCGUCCAGCCCCUGGCAUCCCGGGCGUCCUACCGGUUUUUCUGCUCGGUCGUCCGCCGCCUGGCAUCCAUUCGGUCGUCUUCCGCCGACCGUUCGUUGCCGUUGAAUAGGGUUGCGAGUCUUACCAAAUGCGCUACUGCCCUCUAGUGGCCAGUUUUAUUGCUUUUAAAUGGAUUUUCAGCUUUGUGCUUUGGAGCUAAAAUGAAUCACAACCCAGAGAUGUCUCUUUUGGAAAAAAAAAAAAACACGUAAAAGACGUAUAAAUACGUCUUUAGGACACUGAAACAAUUAAAAAUAGAACGUAUUUAUACGUUUUUGGGAGCAAAUGAGUUAACAAAUGGUCCAGACACUUAUUCCCACAAAAAAAGGCCAAAUAUACCUAUAAAUUAAACUACAAAUGCAUUAAAAAAAAACAUUAACUCAAACAAAAACUUAGCUUAUGUUGGUCUUAGCAGGGAGCAGCUGGAUUCAGCCAUGUGAAAUGAAGCAGAGUAGAGGGCAGUGUACCCAAAUCAAUAAAACUAAAUGCAAACACUUUCAAAACAAACCAUUACAACGCCACUUUAACUAAACCAAUACUCGAAGCAGCAUUUUUAAUUAGAUUUUUUUCUAAUCGAAUACUCAAAAUAAUCGAUUAAUUGUUGCAGCACUACUUGUGUUCAAUACGUAUAUAAUCAAAUGAUCAUGUACCAUAAGGUGUAAUUAGGCCAAAAAUACCGUUAUUCUACUUUGGAUACAAAUUUGCACAUGCGUGAACAGGCAUGGACUGGCUUUAUCAUGGCGUGAAGUCGUGAACUGUCAAUUCUCAUUCACAAACAAACCUUCGGGAGUCGUGACAACAGGAGCUAACUGGCUAUUGGUAUGUACACUUUUGUACUGGUGUGAUCUGUAAAAUCCCGUUUGUUGUCGCAUCGUUACGCUGCCGUUGAUUGUCAAGUUUUUUAGCCAUCUUUGAUUUUUGCCUCGGCUACCGGUGCUAGCUGUCACUGAGGUAAGCAGCACUAGGCAUUAUGGGAUAUGUAGUGUUGAACUGAGGCGUUUGGAAACAUGCUGGUUGAAUUGUUUGUCAGUUUAUUUCGGUUAUUGUUUGCGUGCAAUCUAGAACGCUGAAUGAGAAAAAUAAUUGAGUGGGAAUAACAAUUUGUCAACGACAAUUGUAGUGAUAGUCUUGAGGCUACGGUUUAAUUUACGUUAUUUCGCUUGAAAAAGAAAUGAGUUUUUUGCUAAAACUGGAUUUUCUACAAAAGAGGAUUAUUAAGAACAUUGUUUCAGAUUAUUUUUUUGUACAGUAAGAAUUGAAAAGGCCGCUAUUAUUUUGUUCAAGGAUUCGCCAAUACAGAAGAGGCAUUUAAAAAAAAAAUCAUUAUUUAAUUCCAGUGGGGUUUUUUUUGCGCUAUUUUAGUAAUAACAAAGCCUCUUAGGUAACCUCUGUGAAUUUGAAUUUGUGUAUUUGAGUAUAUAGCUAUUAUUAUUAUUAUUAUUAUUAUUAUUAUUAUUUUUUUUUUUUUAAAUAAAACAAUGUUUCUUUUCUGACAGAGGAGGCACACAUUAAAUAUAUUAAAGUGAUAGGCAUCUUUGAGUGAACUUCAAGUCAAAUUUAAGUAUCUCAAGACCGGGCUGAGUGUCCUCUUUUUUGGAAAUCAAAAUAUGUUCACCCUUACAUAACUAUAAUCAUCUGCUGAAAAACGCAUCUAUUAGUGUAUGUGAAAUUGUUCAACGGGAACGGGAUUCUUGGUGGAUGUUGUAACGUUAGAUGCAGCGGCGGAACUUCUGAAGCUUGUGUCUCAAAAUUUUGAUGUGCAAAGCAAAAGUCAAUCACUCGUGACGCAAAAACAUAAGCUUGAGUAGUCGUAAGACAAGGUUUUUAUUAUACAUAUUUGAAGGAUGAGACUGUAUAACGUUGUCAAAACCUUAUUCAUUUACUUCUCAUUGAUAGAAAUUGCAUCUACUUGAACUGGGGUCCAGAUCGCAUGAUUGCUUUCAGCCCUCCCAGUCAAUAUGAAUUAGACGUCUAUCGCUAUCAAUAGCAGCCAAUGAUUUGACAUGGCUAAUUUGAAAAUCAUAAUUAGAAUUCUUACAAGUCACUAAGUGGCAAAUGACAGACCGUAAUCGCACUUGUGGCCGCUUUUGGAGGGAAACGAUCUUAAAAAAAAGUUUUAAACACUCGUCUUAAAACCUUUCAAAAUAUAGAAUAUAGUAGAAACUAAAGGUACUGUUAAAACAUGCACUAACUAGUAGGUCACAUUCAUUUAAAUGGUGUGACAGUGGUUGUUCUGUGUGUAACAGAUCAAGAUAUUGAUCAAUCACAUGCGGUAUACAGAACCAUAUGGAAAUGACUAUCUUCAGGCAUAAAACAACAAUUCUUGUUUUUCUCAAAACUAUUAAUCGGGCAUUAUCAGGUUUAAACUAGGGCUGUCAAACGAUUAAAAAUUUUAAUCGAGUUAAUCACAGCUUAGAAAUUAAUUAAUCGUAAUUAAUCGCAAUUCAAACCAUCUCUAAAAUAUGCCAUAUUUUUCUGUAAAUUAUUGUUGGAAUGGAAAGAUAAGACACAAGACGGAUAUGUACAUGCAACAUACUGUACAUAAGUACUGUAUUUGUUUAUUAUAACAAUAAAUCCACAAGAUGGCAUUAACAUUGUUAACAUUCUGUUAAAGGGAUCCACGGAUAGAAAGACUUGUAUUUCUUAAAAAUUAAAUGUUAUAGUUACAAAUUAUAGCAAUUUUAUAUUAAAACCCCUCUUCAUGUUUUCGUUUUAAUAAAAUUUGUAAAAUUUUUGAUCAAAAGUAGAGUUAAUAUAAUAAUAAUAAGAAUAAAACUAACAAUAAUAAGAACAGAGUGACCAAAGUCUGAGUAAGUUUUAUGUGUAUUUUGCAUAGCUAUUUUGAUUGGGAAUGCCAGUUCACUUUGCAUUGUUGUUUAACUGUGUGAGAAUAGGGCCUCAUUACUCCAGACUGAAGUGCUUUUCUUUUUGUGAACAUUAUUUUUUUUGAGAUAGGAAUAUUAUUUUUGUUGUGCUUUCACUAAAUUAUACUUAUGUUUGUUGUGAAGGAGUUGCCGAAGCUUAUUCCAAUAAACGGCGUGGUCCAAUGAACGCCUGUGUCCACUCGCAUUUAUAACAUAUACUGUAUAUCUCUGUACAUAUCUUAGCCAAAAUACAACAAGAGACACAUAAUUGCCACUUAAAGAAAACUAAUAGAAAUAUGUGUGGAGCACAAAUAGCACAAUGCAACAGCAUAAACGUCUCACAACUACUAAUUCUCACACUAUUAGAAGGAAUAACAUUAGUAUGGAACGGCGCUGUCCCCAAGCGGCCGGUGGCAUUCUCUUCACUCUUAAUGUGCAUUAACGGCGUCAUUGUAAUCUGUUUGAGGCAAUGCGUGACCGGGUCAUUCACUGCAUGCGUUAAUUGCGUCAAAUAUUUUAACGUGAUUAAUUAAAAGAAUUAAAUACCGCCCGUUAACGCGAUAAAUUUGACAGCCCUAGUUUAAUCCAUUUGUAGAUUUAAAGAUAUCUUGUGGCAGUAUGUUCUAUUUGCAGUGGACUAAAUUUAGAUAAUAGAUCCCCACAAAUUUGAAAGUUUCAGGAACUUUAAAUUCUUCAUACUUUUAGUUCCUGUAACUAAAUGACCUUCUUUUCAGCCCCUUUUGUGACACCGUAACGAAGGUUUAGCUCUAGUUCCCCACUAUCCAAUCACACAAGAGUCUUCCAUCAACCUGGUUAUCUCCAGGAAAGUAGUUCAAAUGGUGGACAGUUCCAUGAACUCCAUUAAAGCGGGCUGUUAAUCCUACAAAGUUAUUUGACAGAAGUUAAACAAGCGGCCCGCUUCCUGUUUUUUCUUCUUCUCUCUUAAUGUUAAAAAUGUCUGCUGUCGAGUUUCUCGAACAGACUCCCCCUCGUGAGGAAUGCGCCCUCUGCCAUCCUCCACCGUGUGUUGCCCAGCAGCGACCUAUCACUCAAGGCAAUUGAACGACUCUCUAAGAGGGACCCCUGUUGGCGCCCUGCAAUAUUUAUUACCAUCCGCCAAACCCGUGGACGAACCCCCACUCUCCCUCUCCACGGGUUUAUGUGCCGAGGCGUUAUGCCCCGGGGAGCCGUGCCGACAGUGCACUAGAGGCGCCUGAACCUUGUCAGUGGUCGUAAACCCCUAAUCGCCACCCCCCCCCCGUUGAGCCCAAACAUCCUUUUUGGAGGCCAUGUCCCUCACCGACAAACACAAAGUCAAGAGACAGCGGCUGGACCGAAUUUGUGAAGGUAUCCGGCCCCAAAUCAUGAACGGGCCCAUGCACCCGCGCCCUCUAGUGGCGUUACUGGACGGGCGCGACUGUACGGUGGAGAUGCCCAUUCUCAAAGACCUCGCUACAGUCGCCUUCUGCGACGCGCAGUCCACGCAGGAGAUUCACGAGAAGGUGCUGAACGAGGCGGUGGGGGCCAUGAUGUACCACACCAUCACCCUGACUAGGGAGGACCUGGAGAAGUUCAAAGCGUUACGCAUUAUUAUACGCAUCGGCAGCGGAUACGACAACAUCGACAUUAAAGCUGCUGGGGAGCUAGGCAUCGCGGUGUGCAACAUCCCUUCGGCGGCGGUGGAGGAGACGGCCGACUCUACGCUGUGCCACGUGCUUAACCUGUACCGACGGAACACGUGGCUCUACCAGGCCCUCCGGGAAGGCACGCGGGUCCAGAGCGUUGAGCAGAUCCGCGAGGUGGCGUCUGGCGCCGCCCGCAUCCGGGGCGAGACCCUGGGCCUCAUCGGAUUCGGUCGGUCGGGGCAGGCGGUGGCGGUGCGCGCCAAGGUGUUCGGCUUCAACGUGCUGUUCUACGACCCGUACCUGCAGGACGGGCUGGAGCGCUCACUGGGCGUGCAGCGCGUAUACACACUGCAGGAUCUCCUGUAUCAAAGCGACUGCGUCUCCCUGCACUGCAAUCUCAACGAGCACAACCACCACCUCAUCAACGACUUCACCAUCAAACAGAUGCGUCAGGGGGCGUUCCUGGUAAACACGGCUCGAGGCGGCCUGGUGGACGAGAAGGCCCUGGCCCAAGCCCUGAAGGAGGGACGGAUACGGGGGGCCGCUUUGGACGUCCACGAGACUGAGCCCUUCAGUUUUGCUCAAGGCCCCUUGAAAGACGCCCCCAACCUGAUCUGCACGCCUCACACGGCCUGGUACAGUGAGCAAGCGUCUUUGGAGAUGCGGGAAGCCGCCGCCACCGAGAUACGACGAGCCAUCACGGGUCGCAUCCCGGACAGCCUAAGAAACUGCGUCAACAAGGAGUUCUUUGUCACCACGGCACCCUGGGCCGUCAUGGACCAACCCGCUGUUCACCCAGAACUCAAUGGCGCUGCCUACAGAUACCCGCCAGGCGUGGUGGGCGUGGCUCCCGGCGGCCUCCCCGGUGCGUUGGAAGGCAUGGUGCCCGGCGGGGUCCCCGUCGCCCACACCCUGCCCUCCGGUACCCACCCCUCGCAGGCCCCGUCGCCCAACCAGCCAUCCAAACACGGCGAGCCCAGAGAGCACCUCACCGAGCAAUAGCAGCGACAAAGGACCGCCUCUUUCUCCGGGCCCCCCACACUUCAAGCGGGACCAAGAGACAGUGCCCCUAUUCCGCCGGGUUCCAGUGGACUUUGUACUUCUUUUUUUCCAGGGAGGUGGGGGACGCCAACCACCACCACCACCACAGACUUUUGUUUUGGGAACCCCACCUGCCCCUGAGCCGCCGCCCUUUGACCCUGCCUCAUCUUCUGUAACUAAUGUGUGUUUAGGCCCCCCGUACUUUCUUUUCUUGAAAACAUGACUUUAAAAUCAAGAAAAAAAAACUGAAAAUGAAUUAGCAUUUAGCGAGUAUAACAACUCAAUGGAUGCUAUUGACUGUGAUGGACGUCCAAUCCUUAUGGAAUGGCAGGGGUGCCAGCAAGUUUGAUGUGUUUUUGCCACUCCAGUCCAUCUAUCACCGUCAUGGCAGCCAAUGAGUUUAAUAAUUAAUUCCGAUGAACCCAACUUAAAGACUCAGGAAUAUCCCCCACCUUUUUUUUUUUUUCAGUUUUGUUCGCGAGUUGAAGAAAAAAAAGAAAACAGGCCCAUCUUCAGUGUUUUUGACAAGUUGGGCGGAGUCCCGUUCGACCGCUAUUGACUAGUUGGAUGUUUCUAGAAGCAUCGUCCUGUGAGCUCCACUUCCUUCUAUUUUCUUUGUCCAGGCUCAUCCCCUACUCUUGUCAAAAGCAAUAGCAAAAGACUCCUCCGUAGUUUGGCCGUCAUAACAGAGCGAGGCACCCCAACCCCAGAAAGUAUGCUUUUGUUUUUAGCGUGAGUAUUUGUAUUUGUUUCUUGUAUCAGGUGAACAUUUAGCAUCCAGUGCAGUUCCAAUUAAAAAAAAAAAAAAAAACAAGUGGGUCGUUUCAUUUAGGAGCCACGGGAGGGCAUCAAAGUGCCUGAAGCUGUCAAAACAGCCCAUUUCCACAGACUAUCAAACUUACAAUAACAUCACACUUACAUAAUUCAAAUAUGUAAAAAUAUAUUAUCAUGAUGUGCUCUUGUUUCGUCUUUGAUUAUAUUCAGUCCAUGACAAAAGUCUUGUCGCCUAUCCAUUUUGUAGAAAUAAUUGCUAAUAACCUGACUUUUAAUUAUUCAAUUGGUUUCAGAAAUGGCUCAUAUGAUAGCUAAGACCCUCCCAAAUGAUGUUGAAUGUACAUACAUAUAUUUGUUUCACUGAAAAAAGAAUUUAAUGAAGACAUAAAGGUCAAAUUUUGGCAAGACAAAAGUUUUGUCGCCUACAGAAAGUGUGAAAAUUGAACAAAAAAUGUAUUUCAAAUACAAAAAUACAUUACAUAAGCGAAUUAAGUAAUGGUGCUGUGAGAUCCAAAUUUAAUAUUUUGUAUGACUUCCAUGCGGUUCGGCAAGGAUUUAUACAAUUUAUUGAAGUCAUCAGGAACAUCAAAGCAGUCUUGCAUGCCUCCCAGAGUUCAUCAACAUUCUUGGUUUUCGUCUUCCAUGCUUCCUCUUUCAUCCUGUUCAUGUCUGGUGACUGGGCUGGCCAGUCCUGAAGGAUCUUCGCCUUGAAGAACUAUGAGGUAGAGAUUGAAGUAUGCGAUGGAGCACCAUCCUACUGCAGAAUUUGUCCCUUUUUAUGGUUAGGAAUGUAAGAAGCAGCUAAGAUUUGUUGAUAUUUCAGUCUAUUUAUGUUGCCUUCAACCCUGCAGAUCUCUCGCACACCCCCAUACUGGAUUUAACCCCAGACAACGAUUUUGCCACCACCAAACUUCACUGUUUUGUGGCAAAAGGUGGAUUUUUUAGCUGAAUCUUCCAUUGAAUUACACCACAGUCGCCGCAAAUAUCGCAGGAGACCUAGUGGAGCCCGCAUGGAUCUGAGAUUCACUCAGAAAACAGUGAAGUUUCAAAUUCAAAAAUGCUUAAUUGAAGCAAUAUUUGUUUUACCCCAAAUACGGCGGUACCUCUACAUCAGGGGUCGCGCUAACCGAAUAUUUUCCGUCGUUGACCGUUUUUUUAAAACGGCGACGGAAAAAACUGAAGUCCAUCCGUCAUUUUGACAGGUUGCAAUUCACACCCCAGACCACAGGAUGGCGAGUGAGCAUAUUAAUUAGCUAUUGUCUCUCUUGAUGCAUGACGUCGUUGGCCUUACUCGGAAAAAUGUCCGAACUAGCAUUCAGGUGUAGCAACACGGAAACGUUAGGAAGCUUUGGAGAGCAUUGUCUAAGGCUACGUUCAUUCUACAGGUCUUAAUGCACGAAUCCAAAUUUUUUCGUGUUUUUCCGACUCGAGUCAGGCAUUAACUUGACGGUCUGAACGGGACAAGUCGCAUAGAAGUGGACCAUUUCAAAUCCGAUCUGGGUCAUUUUUGUAUGUGGUUCAAAUUCGAUCUGGGCCACAUUUUUCCAGACUGUCGCGGCGGUCUGUACCGUCCAGUGUCCCAAAUCCGAUUUCAGCUGUGCGUCAUUAGCGCCUAGCUUGCAGUGAACACGGCUUUUGGGGAAGGGCCGGGCUUGACAACAGUCAUAAAAAAAUAAAAAUGGGUUAAGGAUAAGCAUGAGAAUGAUCGGUUUUCUCUCUGCUCUAUGUGAGCUAUAUUUCAACAUUUCCUACACGGCCGAGAGUCGGGAGGGGGGUAUGGCUGCAGCCCGUCUUGGAGAGUCAGGGAAAACUGCCCGUAUGUGUGUGUGACAUGCACGGACAAUGCGUGCAUGCUAUCGAUCCAUAUAAACUGUGAAUAUAAGCCUAAACGGGGAUUAUUUAUGUCUGGUUUUUGUCUCUUCCUUUUGAAAAGCAAAAUAUGAUAUCCCUGGAAUGACUGAUCAUUUGUUUUGAUGCUUCUGCGCACCGGCGCUUGUCGGACUGCAAAUUAGAGCGCAUGCGUAAUACUUGAAUGGUCUCAAUGGACAAAAGCAAUCUGAACGGGCACGCCAAGAAAAUCGGAUUGGUGCAUUAAGACCUGUAGUAUGAACGUAGCCUAAUUGAAUGAGCAGGGACAAACAGCUUGGAGUCAGAAGUACGUGCGCUAUUCUCAAACCUGAACGCACCCAGAGUCUUGGGUGACAAAUCAACAAAGCAGAGAGUAAACACAACAUGGUUGGUAGUUUCUUCAAUUUAUUCAAAGUUGAGUAAGUUACGCACCGCUUUUGACCAACACUGCUAUUGAAUAUGUCAUUAUUAUCAUUUUAAAAAUUUAAGUGACGGGUAAAAAUAGAUUAUGACCGGAUUUUUAUGACCCUGUCAGUCAAAAUGACAGACAACGAAAAAGUCUAGCGCAACCUCUGCUCUACAUACAAAGUUAAUUCGCGCCAGGACCUUGUUUGUAGGGCUGCAGCUAUCGAUUAUUCGGUGAACUAGUUAUUUUGAAUAAUUGAGUAAUCGGAUAAGGAACAUGGAAAAUUAAAAUACCUGAGCUGAGCCUCAAACAAAUAAUAAAUAAACAAGGAUUUAUGUACAAAAAAAGAACAAUUGGCUAACUUACAUAGCAAAAGUCCGCUAGCUUAAAUGCUAUAAAACGCUAACUUUUUUUUUCUUUUACAAUGCGCUUAAAAAAUCAUUCAGACACAUAUUCCUACAAAAAAACGGCUAAAUAUACCUAUAAACUAAAUGACGAAUGCAAUAAAAAAAACAUUAGCUCAAACAAAAAAUUGGCUUAUGUUGGUCUGAACAUUGAGCAGCGGGAUUCAGCCAUGUUAUCUGAGGCAGACUGUAGGGUAGUGUAGCCAUCCAAAUCAAUAAAACUAAAUACAAACACUUUCAAAAUUAACCAUUACAACGCCGCUUUAAUGAAACAAAUACUCGAAGCAGCAAAAUUUUAUACGAAUCUUUUUUUCUAAUCGAAUACUCGAGUUAAUCGAUUAAUCGCUGCAGCACUACUUGUUUGUAAGUCGAAAUGGUCGUAUGUCGAGCAGGAUUUUCUCAUAAGAAUCCAUUGUAAUUCCAUUAAUUCGUUCUAUAGCCCAAAAACUUACACUGAAUCCUUAAUAAAUACUGCUGUUGCUAUUGCAAAUAGCAAUUACAAAGAGCAAAACAAAUAAAUUAUGAAUAAUAAAUAAUAUUAAUUCCAGUAAUAAUGUAAUUACUCGGGUUCUAAUGUGGCAGACUUUUGUUUGCUGUACCUGAACGCACCACGGGGCUGACGUGACUGUCAGCAAGAGAGCGCGGCUCUAUUCUACUUUGUUUUGA